GACACACAAACGGUUUGUUUCCCUGGCGGUCGGACCGGUUCCUAUGCAAUUAGCACAUGGCAUAAUUAGGGUCAACCGAUCUUUUACCGCAGAUUCUUAACAUGAAAGUUGUACGUCCAUCUGGAGAUACAUGUAAUCGUGAGUGACCCCACGGAUCCCAACUUGAGGCCAGAUGGCGCUUGCUGUGCUCUCAGUUUUCCUACUUGUCUGCGCAACUCACGUAACAGUGGGCCAAGAAAUAGUGAAAGACGAUAUGCUCAUUGAGCCCGAAUUCCAAGUGGUACCACAAAACACAAUCUUCAACGCUGAUCUCGGCUUGAACUACACGAAGUUCAAAUGCCGAGCUAAGGGCAUCCCCGACCCGCAGUACUUCUGGCUACAGGAUGGAAUUGAGCUGGACCUCGACACUGAUCCAGAAAAAUACACUAUGAGCGGUGGUGAUUUGUACAUCUACAGCCCCACAUUGGGCCGCGACGAUUCAACAUACCAAUGUGUCGCCUACAACAGCGCAGGCGCCGAGUUGUCACCCGGAGGCAUACUGACGUUUGCAUUCGUCAAAUCCUUCGACAAGACUGCGCGGGACCCAAAGAACGUUGAUGAGGGACAAGGGUUUUCUAUUGCCUGCAACCCACCGGACAACUACCCAGGACUGACGUACACCUGGUACAAAGACACGCCUGCGCAGAGAGUACCACCAGACGAGCGAAUCUUCAUCUCCUACCAGACGGGGGAUCUCUUCAUCAAAAACGCCAUAGCGGCAGACUCCGGUGACUACUACUGCCUGGUACAGAACAGCAUGAUUCAGGUGCCGAACACUGGCAGUAUAGCUGACAGGUCAAGCCCUCCCACCACCGUCAAAGUCAGGGCUGGACCUCCUUUGGAUGCGGCACCAACAAUAGUCUGGGGCCCCAAGGUGGUGGCGGUAGAAGGAGGAGAGGCGUUCUUAGAAUGUUUCGACUUCUCAUACCCAAGCUCGAACCAAGUCUGGAAGAGAAUUGACCCGGGUUCCAACCAGGAGAUCCCUCUGCCCCGGAAGGCCCGGUAUGACAGCUUCGGCCAUGUGCUGCUGAUGCUGAGGGUCGCACCUGAGGACGGAGGGAUUUACCGGUGUGACGCCGACAACAGACACGGAACCAGCAGGACGGACAUCGAAUUGGAAGUAAAAAUUUUGCCGAAGCUAAAGCCCCUGCCUGUCAUACAACCUAUCGUCCUCGGAGGCAGUAUAACGUGGGAGUGUGUGGUCCUGAGAGGAACUCCUCCAUUGACGUUCUCCUGGUUCGCCGACAGUGAUCCCCUGAAAACGCAACCUGACAAUAAAUACGUCGUCACUGGGAGAACGCUAACCGUUAACGAACUAGACAUCACUGACGAAGGAAGGUACCAGUGCCUUGCUGUAAAUGACUAUGGUGUUGACCACACGUCGACUCUUCUGGAACUAUCUUAUCCCAAGAUCCGAGCUAAGAUCGCGACCCAGCUGGCGCCCCGUGGGACGGACUAUGAGGUCUACGUGCGGUGGGAGUGCUCGCCCGUACCGAACGUGGAGUGGACAAACGAACGGGGAGACGUCAUCGCUACUAAAGACCUGACUACUGGCGCUACUGUAGUCAAAUCGUCCAAGUACAAUGUCACAGACUUGGGAACACUGGUCAUAAACAACGUGCAGGAUUCAGACAAAGGCGCGUACACGUUCAAGAUGACCAACCAGUACGGGCAAGUCUCCGACACCGGCAUGCUGAAGGUCGUGGACCCUGGCCGCCUGUCCACCAGCCGUGCUCCUGGUGACAUCAGUGUGAACCGGGGAGCCCGAGGCACCCUGCGGUGUGACGGGAGGGUUCCGGCUCCGCUGGAGAGAGUCUUCGUCUGGACCGUGAACGACAGAAUGAUCAACUUCGACACGCAGUCCGACCUAUACGGACGGGGCGGGGCCGGGGACCUAAUCAUCAAAAACGCAGUCAUCCAACAAAGCGGGAGAUACACGUGCUCGUUAGAAACACCUGCACAUAGAGAUAGCGGACAGGGCGGCACAGUAACGGUCAAAGCCCAAAGUGCAGCACCGGUAGGAGUGAAGAUCAUGAGCACAGACGAAAUUUCGGCGCUUGUCCGUUGGGUCCCGUCCAAGGACAACGGCGCUUCGUGUGCUCAGUACACCGUGGAGGCGCAGAGUGAGUGGGACAAGGGCCUGCUCGCGCCCGACACGCGCUGGCAAUAUCAGCCGCCGGUAUGGACCGAAGUCUGGCGGGGAACGCCGAAGCAGGCUUCUGGACCAGACUCGUAUGGGGGCUAUUCCGUUAACAUAACGAGCCUGUACCCUAACACGGAGUACAGUUUCCGGGUCAUGUGUGCCAACAUGUUCGGGAUCAGCAGACCCAGCGUGCCUUCAGCCGUCAGGACCACACUACCGUCUCGUCCUCUGACGGCACCGACCAACCUUGGCUACCAACCUGGGACUGUAGGAAACCUGAUACUCACAUGGAAGCCUAUCCCACGCCCGAAGUGGGGUUCAGACAACAUCUCGUAUGUCCUGAGCGUCCGUCCCAGAGACAGGGGUCGUGUGACUCGUGCCGACCCCUGGACAACCGUCAAUUUCAACAACUCCAAUCCGAAAUCCUACGUGUACAACCGUCCCAGGCCCAACCCUAACCAGAGGUUCGACGCCAAGAUCUACGCCUUCAAUGAGUAUGGGUCUGGACCGGAAGUCACCUGGUCGGCGUAUGCCCCUGCCGGAAAACCACCAGCAAUGCUGAAGCCAAAGUGCACGGCGACGACCAACGUGUCGGCUCUGUUUGAGUUUGAGCUGCCCAGAAACUACCCGGCUGGCAUGGUCAGCUACUACGGCGUGCUGUACUGGACUGGGAAAGACGACAGGAAGAAAAAUGAAACCCGCGAAAAGAUACUGCUGUACGACGAAAGUUACAAACGGCGGAGGCUCUACCCUGACGUACACGAUCAGCCGCCUUACGUGACUCCGAUCAAGGGCAAGCAGAGCUUUGCGCUUCUCCAACUGAAGCCGAGUACACUCUACAACUUUAAGAUCUACGCUCGGAGUGGCCCGUACAUGGGUACCUUCAGCCCUGGGUGGUUCAGCUGCACAACACAGCGUGCAAAGCCGAUCAUACGACGGUACGACUGGUGGUUGCCCACGGUGUUCAUAGUGUUUAUAGUGUUCCUCAUCUUGCUUUUGCUUCUGAUAUGCUGUGCAUUUGCAUAUCUCUACAAGAACAACUUGUUGUUCAAGAAAAAGAAACCGGAGGAAAUCCGUCUGACAGAGGUCGAUGUCAUGACCAAACCACAUGUCGACAAGCUACGCUAUUACUCCGACACCAUCACCAGAUACAUAAACCCCCACAAAGUGACGGACCGACUGGUGGCAAAGGAGGUUCUCCCAGUGCACAUGGCAGGAGAUGUGAAGAGAAUCAGGAACCCAAAAUUUUCGACAAACCACCUUCUGGGCAUCCUCGUGAACCGGCCUGACGCCACCUUCUUCCACUUCAGCAACGCCGUCAGACCGGAGCACCCAUGGCUGUCCGAUCUCCUGGAGGAUGCAGAACCUGAGAUGACCCUAGAACACAAGGAGAUGCUGGAGAACUAUGAGAUCGCCAUGUCUCCCAACACAGACCCCAUCCCCAUCAUAGAUCACCUGGUGAAGACCAAGUACCUCAACCCGUCUGAAGAAAAAGAGAUAAAGAAGAUGGACACCAGAGCAGACAUGCACGGCCAGGUCCUCCAGCUACUACAGGACCGACCAGACCCGGCCUUCCACGAGUUCCAACAGACGCUUCUCGGAAACAACGUCCCCAAGGAGGAGCUAGUGGCUGCCGCCGAUGUGAACAUGGCCAUGGCGGCUCCCGUGCUCGCCCCGGCCCCGCCCGUCAUGUCCCCACGGAGCGCGUUCGAGGAGCUGUCGGGCAGCACCAUCGAGGUGGACGAUGGACAGCCUGUCAUCAUUGAAAUCAAUGGAUACGCCACGGACGUUCGCUGGUUCUAUGAGGAUAUUCCCCUGCAAAACUCCCCUGACUACCAGCAGACCAGCGAGGGGGACGAGAUGCACUCAAUCUUCAUCUCAUCGGUGACCAAGGUGAACGAAGGUUGCUACACCUGUGUGGGGAAUACUGAGUUCGGGGAGGUCAGGUGUGAUAUCUACAUCAGCGCGCUCAGCAAGGCCACAUACGCUCGGACCAAUAUUGCUUACGAUGUAGACUUUGAAAAGUUGUAUCCGCACAAGUUCGUUUAAUGACAUAGGAUUUGUUAGUCUCAUGCACAUUUUACACUCGUCUUUUGAAACUGUUAUUCUAUACAUCUUCCGUAGUUAACAUCUCCCAUAGACCAUGGCUUCCUGAUUGUACAAAGUAAUGAAGCUACGUCUUCAGAAGAAUUGUAUUUUUGCCUCGGAGACUGUAGUACACUUCUGUAGUAGACUUCAUUUCUAUUUACACCCAGAAAAAUGCAAUCAACAAGAUAAUUUGACUACGAUACUAGUACGACAGUUUGAAGUGUACAAGUGUAAAGCCUGCCUUAUUUUGGUCAGAUUCCCUAUUGAUAGAAACCAGUUUGAUUCUAAUCCCUAGUAUAAUUGCAAGCACCAUUUGGAUAACAUAGAUUCGAUGAUUGUUGCAACAUCUUAGGUUAUGUUUGAUUUGUCGAUAACAGAUUCAAAUGCGUUUUGCAUUUGACGUAGUUAGUUUAUUAAUGUAUAUACAUAGAAUUAUGUAAAUUGUUGUUGGCUUAGUGUUGUAUUGCUCUCAAUCAUAGUUUUCGGACACAGAAUAGCAAUAAUCAGAGGGAAUGUGCUGUGUUGAUAAAUAUAUAGAUUAUGGUGGUUAUUUAGUAUUUUACUAUUUAUACAAAAACCAUGUGAUAUAGUAUUGUGAUAUGCAUUAUGUGGUUAGCGUAAUAAAAGCGAUGGGUGGUA